AUGAGCACAGACAAAGAGAUGGAGCAGUAUGGCCCUGCGGCCAUUUAUCUCCGCAAGCCAGAAAAGGAGAGGAUUGAGGCCCAGACUGCUCCAUUUGAUGCCAAGUCGGCUUACUUUGUGACUGUUCCUGAUGAGAUGUAUGUCAAGGGCAAACUUGUCAAGAAGGAGGGUGGUAAAGCCACUGUUGAGACACUUAACGGAAAGACAGUCACUGUAAAAGAGGAUGAAAUCCACCCCAUGAAUCCCCCAAAGUUUGAUAAAAUUGAGGACAUGGCCAUGAUGACCCACCUCAACGAGCCUGCCGUGCUGUUUAACCUCAAAGAGCGUUUUGCAUCAUGGAUGAUCUAUACUUAUUCCGGCCUGUUCUGUGUCGUCGUGAAUCCCUACAAGUGGCUUCCUGUGUAUGAUGCUAAGGUUGUCGUGGCAUACAGGGGCAAAAAGAGGAUUGAGGCUCCACCCCACAUCUUUUCCAUCUCUGAUAAUGCCUAUCAGUUCAUGCUCACUGAUCGUGAGAACCAGUCUAUCCUCAUCACCGGAGAAUCUGGUGCAGGAAAGACUGUCAAUACUAAGCGUGUCAUCCAGUACUUCGCAACAAUUGCAAUGACUGGAUCCAAGAAGGCAGAGACUACACCUGGCAAGAUGCAGGGUUCCCUGGAAGAUCAAAUCAUUGCAGCUAACCCUCUGCUGGAGGCAUAUGGUAAUGCCAAGACUGUGAGGAAUGACAACUCCUCUCGCUUUGGUAAAUUUAUCAGAAUUCAUUUUGGAACCACUGGGAAGCUGGCUUCAGCUGAUAUUGAAACAUAUCUGCUGGAGAAGUCCCGUGUCACCUUCCAGUUGUCUGCUGAGAGGAGCUACCAUAUCUUCUAUCAGCUGAUGACAGGCCACAAGCCUGAGCUCCUGGAGGCUCUUCUGAUCACCACAAAUCCCUAUGACUAUCCAAUGAUCAGUCAGGGUGAAGUGACUGUCAAAAGCAUUAAUGAUGUGGAGGAGUUCAUUGCAACUGAUACUGGAAUUGACAUCUUGGGCUUCACUGCUGAGGAAAAAGUGGGCAUCUACAAGCUGACUGGUGCUGUGAUGCAUCAUGGCAACAUGAAAUUCAAGCAGAAGCAGCGUGAGGAGCAGGCUGAACCUGAUGGCACUGAGGUGGCUGAUAAAAUCGCCUACCUCAUGGGUCUGAACUCAGCUGACAUGCUGAAGGCUCUGUGCUACCCAAGAGUUAAAGUUGGCAAUGAGAUGGUGACUAAAGGUCAGACCGUCCCACAGGUCAACAAUGCUGUCUCAGCUCUGUGCAAAUCCGUAUAUGAGAAAAUGUUCUUGUGGAUGGUUAUCCGUAUCAAUGAGAUGCUGGACACAAAGCAGCCCAGACAGUUCUUCAUUGGAGUGCUGGAUAUCGCUGGAUUUGAGAUCUUUGAUUUCAACAGUUUAGAGCAACUCUGCAUCAACUUCACCAAUGAAAAACUGCAACAGUUUUUCAACCAUCACAUGUUUGUCCUGGAGCAAGAGGAGUACAAGAAAGAAGGUAUUCAAUGGGAGUUCAUUGACUUUGGUAUGGACUUGGCUGCCUGCAUUGAGCUUAUUGAGAAGCCAAUGGGCAUCUUCUCCAUCCUUGAAGAGGAGUGCAUGUUCCCCAAGGCCUCUGACACAACGUUCAAGAACAAGCUGCACGAUCAGCAUCUUGGCAAGACCAAAUGCUUUGAGAAGCCAAAGCCUGGAAAGGGCAAGGCUGAGGCACACUUUGCUCUGGUUCACUAUGCUGGUACAGUGGACUACAAUAUCACUGGCUGGCUGGACAAGAACAAGGACCCACUGAAUGACUCAGUUGUGCAGCUCUACCAGAAGUCUUCAAACAAACUGUUGGCCCUCCUGUAUGCAACCCAUGGUGGAGCUGAUGAGGCUGCUGGUGGUGGUGGCAAGAAGGGUGGUAAGAAGAAGGGUGGUUCCUUUCAGACUGUGUCUGCUCUCUUCAGAGAGAAUCUGGCCAAGCUGAUGACCAACUUAAGAAGCACUCAUCCUCACUUUGUCCGUUGUCUGAUUCCCAAUGAGUCAAAGACCCCAGGUCUUAUGGAGAACUUCCUGGUCAUCCACCAGCUGAGGUGUAAUGGUGUACUGGAGGGCAUCAGAAUCUGCAGAAAGGGUUUCCCCAGCAGAAUCCUCUAUGGUGACUUCAAGCAGAGAUACAAAGUGUUGAAUGCCAGCGUCAUCCCUGAGGGACAGUUCAUUGACAACAAGAAAGCUUCAGAGAAGCUUCUUGGCUCCAUUGAUGUGGAUCACACACAGUACAAGUUUGGGCACACAAAGGUGUUCUUCAAAGCUGGUCUGCUGGGCACUCUUGAGGAGAUGAGAGAUGAGAAACUGGUUGAGCUGGUGACCAUGACUCAGGCUCUCUGCAGAGGAUACGUCAUGAGGAAAGAGUUUGUGAAGAUGAUGGAGAGGAGAGAUGCUAUCUUCUCCAUCCAGUACAACAUCCGUUCUUUCAUGAAUGUCAAGAACUGGCCAUGGCUGAAACUGUACUUCAAGAUCAAGCCUCUUCUGAAGAGUGCUGAGACUGAGAAGGAGUUGCAGAACAUGAAGGAGAACUAUGAGAAGAUGCAGACAGACCUGGCUGCUGCUCUGGCCAAGAAGAAGGAACUGGAAGAGAAGAUGGUCAGCCUGCUGCAGGAGAAGAAUGACCUGCAACUUCAAGUGGCUGCAGAAGUUGACAAUCUCUCUGAUGCUGAAGAAAGGUGUGAGGGGCUUAUUAAGAGCAAGAUCCAGCUCGAGGCCAAACUCAAAGAGACAAGUGAGAGACUGGAGGAUGAAGAGGAAAUCAAUGCUGAGCUGACUGCUAAGAAGAGGAAGCUGGAGGAUGAAUGCUCUGAGCUGAAGAAGGACAUUGAUGACUUGGAGCUCACCUUGGCCAAAGUGGAGAAGGAGAAACAUGCCACAGAAAACAAGGUGAAAAACCUGACAGAGGAGAUGGCAUCUCAGGAUGAGGCCAUUGCCAAGUUAACAAAGGAGAAGAAAGCCUUACAAGAGGCCCAUCAGCAAACACUGGAUGAUCUCCAGGCAGAGGAGGACAAAGUCAACACUCUGACCAAGGCCAAGACAAAGCUGGAACAGCAAGUUGAUGAUCUUGAGGGUUCACUGGAGCAAGAGAAAAAGCUCCGCAUGGACCUUGAGAGAGUCAAGAGGAAGCUGGAGGGAGAUCUGAAACUGGCCCAGGAAUCCAUAAUGGAUCUGGAGAAUGACAAGCAGCAGUCUGAUGAGAAAAUCAAGAAGAAGGACUUUGAAAUCAGCCAGCUUCUCAGCAGAAUUGAGGAUGAACAAACCCUAGGUGCUCAACUGCAGAAGAAGAUCAAGGAACUGCAGGCUCGUAUUGAGGAGCUGGAAGAGGAGAUUGAGGCUGAGAGGGCAGCUCGGGCUAAGGUAGAGAAGCAGAGAGCCGACCUUUCCAGGGAGCUUGAAGAGAUCAGUGAGAGGCUCGAGGAAGCUGGUGGAGCAACAGCUGCUCAGAUUGAGAUGAACAAGAAGCGAGAGGCUGAGUUCCAGAAACUGCGUUGUGAUCUUGAGGAAUCAACUCUGCAGCAUGAAGCUACUGCAGCAGCUCUCCGUAAGAAGCAGGCUGACACUGUUGCAGAGCUCGGAGAGCAGAUUGACAACCUCCAGCGUGUCAAACAGAAGCUGGAGAAAGAGAAGAGCGAGUACAAGAUGGAGAUUGAUGACCUCUCCAGCAACAUGGAGGCUGUUGCUAAAGCAAAGGGCAACUUGGAGAAAAUGUGCAGGACUCUUGAGGAUCAACUAAGUGAACUCAAAGCUAAAAAUGAUGAGAAUGUUCGUCAGCUGAAUGACAUUAAUGCCCAGAAGGCGAGACUUCAAACAGAGAAUGGUGAGUAUUCUCGGCAGCUUGAGGAGAAAGAAGCUCUUGUUUCUCAGCUCACAAGGGGCAAGCAGGCCUUCACUCAGCAGAUUGAGGAACUGAAGAGACACGUUGAGGAGGAAGUGAAGGCCAAGAAUGCCCUGGCUCAUGCUGUUCAGUCAGCACGUCAUGACUGUGAUCUGCUCAGAGAGCAGUUUGAGGAGGAGCAGGAGGCCAAGGCUGAGCUGCAGCGAGGAAUGUCCAAGGCCAACAGUGAGGUGGCUCAGUGGCAAUCCAAAUAUGAGACUGAUGCUAUACAGCGCACUGAGGAGCUGGAGGAGGCCAAGAAAAAGCUUGCCCAGCGCCUGCAGGAGGCUGAGGAAUCCAUUGAGGCUGUGAGCUCCAAGUGUGCCUCACUGGAGAAGACCAAGCAGAGGCUGCAGGGUGAGGUGGAGGACCUCAUGAUUGAUGUGGAGAGAGCUAAUGCUCUGGCUGCCAACCUUGACAAGAAGCAGAGGAACUUUGAUAAAGUAAAGAUUUAAACAUAACCAAUAUCAUC